UAACAAGACCCCCUGAAAGUUGAACAUUUGAAUGCUGAUUCUGUAUCUUAAAAGACAAUUCAUCUCCUUUACAAGUUGACAUUGGACCAAUACAUUUUGACAUCAUGGCAAGACUCAAGAUCCUAACCUUUACUCUGAUGUAUUUAGUCCAGGCUUGGACUUUGGGUGUGGACUCCAAGAUGGUUCAUCUUCGUCAGCCUGGUCUCAAUUUCUCUGUACCUUUAGACAUGGUUCCUAACUCUGUUGACGACAAGUACAAACACUGCACUGAAAAAAUGUACAAGAAGGUGCAGGAGGAAUAUCUUCCAAAUGAAAACUCCACUGAGGGGAUCUUCAAACAAGCCUGGAUGAAGGCAGAAGGAUGUGCAACUAUUGAGAAAGUGAAGAAACGAUUCCAAAAGGACAAGUCCAAGUACAAUCCUAAGGAACUUACACAUGAUCAUAUCAAGGCUAUCUGUGCUUACACAGCAGAGGUACCUGAGAUAUACUCAGUGUUCAACCAAGCAGUCCGGACCAGUAGAACAGAGUACACCACCUCCUUCCCCUUCCACUCCCUUCAUUUCCUCCUGACUGACGCCAUUCGCCUCCUGAAACUGAACCAAAAGUCCUGUCACACCACGUAUCGAAGAAGCAACAUGGAGUUUGUUAGUAAAGUUAACAAAGUAAUCAGAUUUGGCUUCUUUGCCUCCAGCUCUCUCGACAAGGGAAUUAGUAUAAAAUUUGGAGAGAAGUCUUGCUUUGAGAUAAAGACAUGUUUUGGCGCUGACCUGAAGUCCUUCCCCAAACUGGGGAAUCAUGAAAAGGAGGUGUUGAUUCCACCGUAUGAAGUGUUCAGAGUUACUGCUGUGCUGAAGAAAGAGAAUUAUAAAAACCUUUGGUGCGAUGUUGUGUACAAACUAAAGAGUAUCACCAAGCCCCGGAGUAACCUGAAUUGCAAACUUUUUAGGCAAACAAUUAUUAACUAAGAAAAUCUCUUGAUUUAAAUUAUAUCCAGGGACAAACCUUCAGGCUGCUUAUCCUCUUAAAGCCAAACAAUAUGUUUUCACUGUCUAAAGAUUUUAAUGUAGUAAGUAAUUGGUUCAUUGGUGUAUGUUAAAUACAAACCUCAUCCUGACUACCAGAAAUAGUUAUUAUUAAGAUGUGUGUAUUAACCUGUGUAUCAGACUUAUUAGGAGACUUUAAAGCACUUAUAUACCUUCUGCAGCUUGUGGCAAAAUGA